AUGGGUGGUGGUUAUCCAAUUCCAGUUGAACCACAAGGGCCUUCAAGUCAUGGACGAUCAAACCCUUCUCCAGUGACAACCCCACCUUCCGUAACAAACCCACCCCCCGUCACAAACCCACCUCCCGUCACAAACCCAACUCCUGUCACAAUUCCUCAAGAUCAUGAUCCAAAUACUUGGACGGAUGAAGAGUUGAUUUGGGCGUAUGACUAUACCUUUGCUCAACUACAAUUUGGGGCACUACAUAUUGGGGAGGGGCAUUAUCGUCCAUUGGCAAACACUCCUACAGUGCCAAACCAUCCACCAUCUUCAAACCCCCCUCAAGUGGAAAACCCCCAUCAAACACAAGGAGUACCGAAUUGGGCUGAAGGGUACGAAACCGAUCCUGGAGCGGAAUACGAACCACCCUUGGAUGAAGAAAUGAAUUGGGAACCUUAA